CAGGAGGUUGGGGUGCUGGACAGCUCCUCCGUGGAUUAAUGUGGGCGGAGCAUAAAGUGGACCCUCUCCACCGUCUGAAUACACUCUUUCUUCAGGAUUGUCCCUGAGUCGACUACCUUGGAAUUGGCAUCACCCCGAAGCGGAAAAAAUAUGAUUUUUUCAAAGGAAGCUGGGACAAAGAAGACACUUAGUCUAUGUACUUUCUCCUCCCACCCCACAAUAUCAGAGAGAGUAAUUGGAUUUUGACUUAUUAGCGAAUGACUCAAGAGGACUAAUUUGUGUAGACUAACUGUAUUUCCAGUCACUGGUUUUCAGACAAUGGUCCCUUUGUGUUGUGUCUUCACCCUAACGGAGCUGUUUUGAUUUUCUUAGCUAUCGUGAACUUGCAUUUAUUCAAAACGUUCAUUGUGGCGAAUUGCGUUAACUUUCACAAGACGGACCUACUUAUGAUUCACCACCGGACAACCUCUGUGUAGUGAGGGUAUCUCAGAAAAGAAACACAAUGCCUUGGAGCUCCGCUACCUGUCGUUCCCAGCGCACACAUGCUUAUGUUUCAAGGAAAACUGGAUACAUCACACACCCAAAGAUGAACGCAUGUGGAUUUCAUUUCUUAACGAUCUUUUUGUUUUGCCUCACAACUGCUGAUAUCGGCAACGGUUUGGAAUGCACUGCUGGCUGUAACAAGGAUAAUGGGGUGUGUGAAGAGAAUGGUACAUGCAGGUGCAAACCAGGCUGGCAGGGCACGACGUGCGACCAGUGUGUGCCUUUCCCCGGCUGUGUUCACGGGACGUGCGACAAGCCCUGGCAGUGCGUGUGUGAGGAUGGAUGGAUAGGAAGCCAGUGUGAUGAAGACACAAACCCCUGCUCCAGUAAACCCUGUUCUGGCAACUCGACCUGCAUCGAGACGGGCGAGGGAAGAUACCUAUGCGUCUGCCCCCCGGGAUACAUCGGGGAGCGCUGCCACUUGAGGAAAGGAGAGUGCCAACGGAAUGGUACUGUUUGCCAAAAUGGUGGUACCUGUCACAACGCGCAGGGCUUCGCUCUGCAGGCCACCUGCGUCUGUCCCCCUGGCUUCACUGGGCACCUCUGUGAGACCAAGACUGCCCUAUGCCAUCCAAACCCUUGUGCCAACGGUGGUAUCUGCACCGAAUACGGCCCCAGGCACACCUGCACCUGCCCGCCUGGUUACGGAGGCCCCAGGUGCCUAAACAGCAGCACGGCUGACCACGACGACCUCCUCUCCUCCCCCUGCUCCAGCAGCCCUUGCCUCAACGGCGGCUCCUGCCUCAACGCCACCAGUGCCAGCGGCUUCCGCUGCCUGUGCCCGCCAGCCUUCGCCGGCCCGCUCUGCUCCGUGCAGGCCCACCGACCCAAACCCAGGCCCAAACCCCGGCACCCGGAGCCCCACGGCAACAGCGACGGCCUGUCUCCGCAGCACUACAGCCUCCCGGCGCACGCCUUCCACAAGCUGCUGCGUCCGGCCGAGCGCGAGCUGCUCAAGAUCACGCUGAAGGAGACGGUGCACGCGCCGGGCGCCGCGAUGGUCACCCGCAGCCAGCUGGUCUGCUUCGCCGUGCUGGGCCUGCUCACGUGCCUGGUGGUGCUGGGCACCACCGCCAUCGUCUUCUUCAGCCGCUGCGAGGCCUGGAUGGCCAACGCCAAAUACAGCCAGCUGGUCAGACAGCAGAGAGAACACCUGCUGAGGACCAGCGGAGGGGGGGGAGGAGGCAGUUUUGGAGAAGAGCACUCGGUCAACAUCAUCCUGCCCGAGAAAAUCAAGCUGACAAACUACGGCAAGCAUUACACAUCGAUUUGAGCCUGGGAUGUGAGCGUGGCAAGUAGUGUGUGGAGAGAGGGAGGGAGAUGUGUGUGUGUGUGUGUGUGUGUGCGUGUGUGUGUGUGUGUGUGUGUGUGUGUGUGUGUGCGUGUGUGUGUGAAGGGGGUCAGUUGAAGGGGGACAGUUGCCAGAUGCCCCGCACUGUUCAGUCACAUAGGCUAUGUAGUUGGAUCAGGAGGUGAAGGACUACUUCUUGAAAGCCUGUGGCUUUUAUCAUGACAUUUAUGGACAUUUAAACUCAAAAAGGGCAGGAGUCUCAACAGUGACCAUGACACUUGAAUGUAAUCAGCUAACACUUUGUGCCAAAAGAGAGAUAUAAAUGUGUAUAAUGGACUAUAUUUAACUGUAAAUAUGCACACAAUAUUAACUGCAAAGUUACAUAAUUAUCAAGAACAUAUGAAGUUGGCUGCCCAUUUUCAUUUGAUUUAUUUAACACCAUCUUUGUUUGACCUUUGUAUUGUAUUAGUCUUGUACAAGAGCUUCGCUGCUAUACAGCAUUUUAAAUUAUUGUAAUUAAAAUCCCAAAAGAAGUGAACAGUUUCUGUGAAGUUGUGUUAGACUAUUUCCCCCUUCUUUUCUACAGAUCUCCGAAAUACAACUGAUGCUGGAGAAUAAUUCCAAACAUUUGAAAUAUUAAAACAUUAGAUUUUGAUGGAUUUGUAGGUAGACUGGUCAGUUGGUGUAUGUCAAAGACACGCAUUUGUAAUGCCUAUAUGUAGAGACAAAUGUAUGUCAUAUUAAAAUUGUGAUGAUAACACCA